AUGGAGGAAGGCAUGCAUCUGAUUGAUGGAAAUGGCAAGUUCAACGUGGAAGGACUCAAAGACUUCAUGACAACCACUGGGUUUGCCCAGUGCCGUCUCUCCUAUGCUAUUGUUGCCAUCAUUGGCGCGCAAAGUAGCGGGAAGAGCACCCUGAUGAAUCAUGUCUUUGGUACCGAUUUCAAGAUGCUGGAUGCAUGCGAAGGAAGAGGUCAAACAACUAAGGGCAUUUGGAUUGCUAAAAGUAAUAAUAUUGAGCCAUUCACAAUUGCCAUGGAUUUUGAGGGAACUGACAGCAAUGCAAGAGCCGAGGACAACACUGCAUUUGAGAGACAAAGUACCCUGUUUGCUUUGGCAAUUGCUGACAUUAUAUUGAUAAACAUGUGGUGCAAAGACAUCGGUCUGGAAAAUGCAGCCAGCAGACCUCUUUUGAAAAUAGUUUUCCAGGUCAUGAAGCGUUUAUUCAAACCCCGUAAAAGAACAUUGCUGUUUGUUAUACGUGAUCACACGAAGACUCCACUUGGAUAUUUGGAGCGUGUUCUCAGGGAAGAUAUAGACAAGAUAUGGGCUGCAGUUGCUGAACCUGAGACUCAUGGAAGUGCUUCUCUCAGUGAUUUUUUUAAUGUACAUAAGAUAUCAUCUCCAUCUCCUGUGGAGAUCACUGCUUUGUCUAGCUAUGAAUUCGAAGAGGAGAAGUUUAAAGAGCAGGUUGCUUAUCUAAGGCAGCGGUUCAUUACUCCAAGAGUUACUGGUGAUAGGUGGGAAGUUGAACCUGCCUCAGGAUUUUCGAUCCGUGCAGAGAAGACAUGGAAAACUAUAAAAGAUAACAAGGAUCUAGAUCUCCCUGCUCUUAAGGUGAUGGUUGCUGUUGUUCGUUGUGAAGAGAUUGCUGAGGAAAAGCUCAAGCAAUUUACUUCUGAUAAUGAUUGGUUGGCACUGAAGGAAGCUGUUCAAGCUGGUCCUGUAUCUGGGUUUGGAGCAACCCUCAGUUCUAUAUUGGAAACCUAUCUUUCACACGCUGUUUGGCUACAGUCUUGUAGUGUGCUUCUUGUUCAACUUGAUUCAGAAUCUCUUAAUUUGUAUGUAUAUUUUUUUAAUAGUUAUGACAAGGAGGUGAUAUAUUUUGAUAAAGAUGUACGAAAUGCAAAACGGCACCAAAUGGAGUCCCAAGCAUUGGAGGUGGUACGCGAUGCUUAUGUUACGAUGUUGGAACAUUUGUAUUUCAACAAACUUGAAAGUUUUAAAACUAGGCUGGAACAGCACUUACUGAACAAACGAGAAGGAUCUGUUGCUUCUGCUCAUAUCUGUGCUCAAUCUUGCUUGGUUGAAUUUGAUCAAGGAUGUGAAGAUGCUGCCAUUAGACAGAGUGAGUGGAAUGCUUCAAAACUCCGGGAAAAACUUUGUUGUGAUAUGCUGUCAGAAAUGAUGGCAAAAUAUGAGAAGCAACUCACUGAUGUGCUUGCUGAUGAAGUACAAUCCUUAUUUGAAGCUGGUGAAACAGAUACAUGGGGAUUAGUUAGAAAUCUUCUUAAGAGCAAGACUGAUGUUGCUGUGUCAGAGUUUUCAGAUGCUGUUGUUAGUUUUGAUUUGCAAAAAUCUGCAAUUGACACUAAAUUGCAACAUUUGAGGGAGUAUGCAAGAAAUGUAGUCGAGAGAAAGGCAAGAGAAGCAGCUGCUGCAGAUAGAGUUUUGAUGCGCAUGAAGGAUAGGUUCAUACAGGUUCUCAAUUGUGAUGAAAACUCAAAGUCAAGGGUUUGGACGAGGGAAGAAAACAUUGAUGAAAUUGAAAGGAAUGCACACUCUGCGUCUUUGAAAAUUUUAUCAAUCAUGGCAGCCAUACGCUUAGAUAACAUGACAGAUCAGAUUAACCAUGUACUCUUUUCUUCUCUCAUGGAUGGAACUGGUGCUGUUCCAUCUUCUCAACAUACAGGAGCUACCGCUGACCCCCUUGCCUCUUACACAUGGGAAGAGGUUUCUGCAAACGCUACGCUGCUUACACCAGUGGAGUGCAAGUCAUUGUGGAUGCAAUUCAAAGCAGACACAAAGUAUAUAACGAACCAGGGUAGAGCCGCUCAGGAGGGUCUUAGGCAUGCUAAAAGGGCAAUUAAGAUAGUGGUCAGGGUAGUGGCGAUAGUGGGGGCAGCUGUGGCAGCGGCAGUGGGGACACCUACAGCCAUGAGGAUAGCUGCAAGUACGGAGGUGGCUGCAGUGAUGAAAGCUGUAGCGCCAGAGUUGGCAGCUGUGAUGAAAGAUUUAGUACCGGAGGUGUUGGCAGCACUGAAAGAUGCAGGGCCGGAAGUGUUGGCAGCAUUGAAAGAUAUAGUGGUUGAGGCAGUGAGAUCUUUAGGACCACAAGUAGUGACAGCGGUAAUUGCGCUGAUGAUGAAUGUGUUUGCAAGGCCGCAACAGCUAUAG